AUGGGCAACGCUGUCAAUUGGUGGAAACAAUUUGCAGAAAAUCAUGAAAAUAUAAAACAUUCCAUUGCUGGCGCUGGCGCUGGUAUCGUUUCCUCCAUUGUGACUUGUCCUCUCGAUGUUGUCAAGACACGUUUGCAGAAUCAAGGAAAGGCAGAACCAGGCAGCAAAGCAAUGUAUAAAGGCACACUGGGUACCUUGUCUCGUACAUGGAACGAAGAGGGUAUUCGAGGUUUAUACCGAGGAUUAGGACCGACCAUUUUAGGCUAUCUCCCUACAUGGGCUAUCUACUUCACAGCAUACGACUACUUCAAAAUCCGGUGGGCUCAUAUAGGUGAAAACAAUCGUGAGUGGAUGUUGCAUAUUGCCUCGGCCAUGUCUGCUGGGGCUAUUUCCACGUCAUUAACGAAUCCAUUAUGGGUCAUCAAAACACGGUUUAUGACACAAAGCGAACUUACCCCUUAUCGCUAUAAUAAUACCUUGCAUGCUUUUAUAACUAUUGCCCGAGAGGAAGGGUUUCGAGGAUUUUACAAAGGCCUUGGACCGUCUUUAAUUGGCGUCAGUCAUGUAGCCGUGCAAUUCCCGCUAUACGAGAAACUGAAAGUUUGGUUGCAUGCCGAUACCAAUGCCCCCGGUGCAUCCACUUCAAUUUUGGUAGCUUCCUCUCUCUCGAAAAUGGCAGCGAGCGUGGCCACUUAUCCGCACGAGGUGAUUCGGACCCGGCUUCAGAAUCAAACUCGAAAACCGUACAAGUAUCGAGGCAUAUGUCAUGGACUUGCGGUCAUUGGCAAAGAAGAAGGUUUCCGUGGUUUUUAUAAAGGCUUACCCACCAACUUGAUGAGAACCGUGCCCUCCUCGGCCAUGACCAUCCUCACCUAUGAACUUCUCGUUAGAAAAUUGGAAGGGAUCAAGGACUUGUAA